CAGCAGCAGUAGUGUCUCCGGGACGCGCGUGGAGGUCGGUCGCUCAUAUCUGCUCGGCAGUUUCUCCGCCUGCUGCUUUGGCGCGGCAGUGCCAGCGAACGAGUGAGCGAGUCCCCACGAACCCUCGGUGGCCCUGCCCCCUCCUCGCAGCCUCCGCUCCUCUUCCCGCUCGACCGCUCCCCCCCUCCGCGGCCUCGAGGCGCUUUCCGUUGCGCCGAUUCCCGCCCGCUUCCUCCUGCUCCCCAUCGAAGCACCAGACAUGAGUUUUUCCAUCUCUUCAGAGAUGAACCAGAUUAUGAUGCAUGAUUAUCACAGAAGAAAUUCAUGUCUAUAGCUUUUAAGGACUUGAUUACAUCAUUUCAAGCCUGAUAGUUUUGGAAUCACCAUUAGAGCUUAAGACACCUCUGCCUUCACUUCAACCACCCGUCUUCAUACCUUGAGGAAGUGCUGAGUUUUAACACUCCUUUGUCCUUGGAUUAUUUAAGACAUCUCAGAAAUACAUUUCUCACCAGUUCAGUAGGUAAGUGAAUAUUCAUGCCCAAUGAAACAUUAAGACACAUUGUUUUUCAGAAGACUAUGCCAGUACACUAAUAGCCUUUUCAUAAUUUUUUUUUUUUAUAAAUUUUUUUUUUUCAACGUUUUUUUAUUUAUUUUUGGGACAGAGAGAGACAGAGCAUGAACGGGGGAGGGGCAGAGAGAGAGGGAGACACAGAAUCGGAAACAGGCUCCAGGCUCCGAGCCAUCAGCCCAGAGCCUGACGCGGGGCUCGAACUCACGGACCGUGAGAUCGUGACCUGGCUGAAGUCGGACGCUUAACCGACUGCGCCACCCAGGCGCCCCUCAUAAUUUUUUUAAAGGGGAAGUCAGUGAUCAUUUGUAGAAAAAAAAAAAAUUCUAUUUUUUUCUUUUUGUAAACUUUUGAAUUUAAAUCAGGGCAAACGAAAAUCUAUUACUGCUUUUUAAUGAUGGCUUUGUAUAGGCAUUAGUUCACAAGGUGAAAUGGACAUUUUUUAAAAGAACAUUAAGUGUCUAGCAUGUAUUCCUAGGAGAUAAGUGAUUUGGAAUAUCUGAAACUUGCAAAGGGGACAGAUUUAAGUUUGCCUUAUUUAUCCAUUUCUCUCAUUUGGGAGUAAAGGAAUGACAGCACCCCAAAUCAAGGAAACCUGGAAGUGAUGACCACAUUACAUCCUUCCAGGCUUCUUAAAUUGCUCAUUGUAUGGGUUUGGGCAGGGUGGGCUUACAUUUCUUUCCCUUCCCAAUGAAUGUUCAGGGAAACCUGGGCAAAAGUGUUGAGCUAGUCACUGCUGUAUGAAUCCUUAAAAAGACUGAGGACCAAAAUAUAGCUGUACAAAGACUUGGACAUUCAGUGCCAGUGUUUUCAGCAGUGUUUUUGUGUAAUAAAAUUUUUGUGUUGUUGAUAGGAUGGAAUUUGAAAAUAAAGAUACUGUAUUACUCUUUAAGGUAUAAUUAUAAAAAUCAUUGUUCACUAGUAAAAUAACUUGGCUUUUUUGUGCUCUUUAGCCAAAUUUGUAAGGAAAAAUGAUUCCCAAUGGAUAUUUAAUGUUUGAAGACGAAAACUUUAUUGAGUCUUCUGUUGCCAAAUUAAAUGCCCUGAGGAAAAGUGGCCAGUUCUGUGAUGUUCGACUUCAGGUCUGUGGCCAUGAGAUGUUAGCACACAGAGCAGUUCUGGCUUGCUGCAGUCCCUACUUAUUUGAAAUCUUUAAUAGUGAUAGUGAUCCUCAUGGAAUUUCUCAUGUUAAAUUUGAUGAUCUCAAUCCAGAAGCUGUUGAAGUCUUACUGAAUUAUGCCUACACUGCUCAGUUGAAAGCCGAUAAGGAAUUAGUGAAAGAUGUUUAUUCUGCAGCAAAAAAGCUGAAGAUGGACCGAGUAAAGCAGGUUUGUGGUGAUUAUUUGCUAUCUAGAAUGGAUGUUACCAGCUGCAUCUCUUACCGAAAUUUUGCAAGUUGUAUGGGAGACACCCGUUUGUUGAAUAAAGUUGAUGCCUAUAUUCAGGAGCAUCUGUUACAAAUUUCAGAAGAGGAAGAGUUUCUUAAACUUCCACGGCUAAAGUUGGAGGUAAUGCUUGAAGAUAAUGUUUGCUUGCCCAGCAAUGGCAAAUUGUAUACAAAGGUAAUCAACUGGGUGCAGCGUAGCAUCUGGGAGAAUGGAGACAGUCUGGAAGAGCUGAUGGAAGAGGUUCAAACCUUGUACUACUCAGCUGAUCACAAGCUGCUUGAUGGGAACCUACUAGAUGGACAGGCUGAGGUGUUUGGCAGUGAUGAUGACCACAUUCAGUUUGUGCAGAAAAAGCCACCACGUGAGAAUGGCCAUAAGCCGAUAAGUAGCAGUUCCACUGGAUGUCUCUCUUCUCCAAAUGCUACAGUACAAAGCCCUAAGCAUGAGUGGAAAAUCGUUGCUUCGGAAAAGACUUCAAAUAACACUUACUUGUGCCUGGCUGUGCUGGAUGGUAUAUUCUGUGUAAUUUUCCUUCACGGGCGAAACAGCCCACAGAGCUCACCAACAAGUACUCCAAAACUAAUUAAAAGUUUAAGCUUUGAGAUGCAACCAGAUGAGCUGAUAGAGAAGCCCAUGUCUCCCAUGCAGUAUGCGCGGUCUGGUCUGGGGACAGCAGAGAUGAAUGGCAAGCUCAUAGCAGCAGGUGGCUAUAACAGAGAGGAAUGUCUUCGAACAGUUGAAUGCUAUGAUCCACGUACAGAUCACUGGUCCUUUCUUGCUCCCAUGAGAACACCGAGAGCUCGAUUUCAGAUGGCUGUACUCAUGGGCCAGCUCUAUGUGGUAGGUGGAUCGAAUGGCCAUUCAGAUGACCUGAGUUGUGGAGAGAUGUAUGAUCCAAACAUAGAUGACUGGAUUCCUGUUCCAGAAUUGAGAACUAACCGUUGUAACGCAGGAGUAUGCGCUCUGAAUGGGAAAUUAUACAUUGUUGGUGGCUCUGAUCCAUAUGGUCAAAAAGGACUGAAAAACUGUGAUGUAUUUGAUCCUAUAACAAAGUCAUGGACAAGCUGUGCUCCUCUUAACAUUCGUAGACACCAGUCUGCAGUCUGUGAGCUUGGGGGUUUUUUGUACAUAAUUGGAGGUGCAGAGUCUUGGAAUUGUCUGAACACAGUAGAACGUUACAAUCCUGAAAAUAACACCUGGACCUUAAUUGCACCCAUGAACGUGGCAAGGCGAGGAGCUGGUGUAGCUGUUCUUGAUGGAAAAUUGUUUGUAGGUGGUGGCUUUGAUGGUUCUCAUGCCAUCAGUUGUGUGGAGAUGUAUGACCCAACUAGAAAUGAAUGGAAGAUGAUGGGAAACAUGACUUCACCAAGGAGCAACGCUGGAAUUACAACUGUAGGGAACACCAUUUAUGCAGUGGGAGGCUUUGAUGGCAAUGAAUUUCUGAAUACGGUGGAAGUCUAUAACUUUGAGUCAAAUGAGUGGAGCCCCUAUACAAAGAUUUUCCAGUUUUAACAAACUAACAGGCUUAGUGAUGUAAUUGUGUUUAGUAGAGGUACACUUGUGAAUAAGGAGGGUGGGUGGGUAUAGAUGUUGCUAACAGCAACACAAAGCUUUUGCAUAUUGCAUAUUAUUAAACAUGCUGUACAUACUUUUUGUGUUUAUUGGGAAAGGAAUGCAAAGAUGAAGGUCUGUUUUGUGUAUUUUUAGGACUACUUUGGUUAUUUUACUUUUUGGAAGUUGAUAUUGUAAAAGAAUAAACCAAGACUUGAUCGGGCAUGUCAUUUCAAGAAGUCCCCUCUCCUCCACAUUUGUUUUGCCAAUUUGCACAUUAAUGACUCUUCCCUCAAACAUGUAUUAUGGGGCAAGAGGGUAAGGUUUAAGAUCGAGGCAGUUGGGUUUUUUAAGGGCCCUUUUUCAAUAACUGGAACACUAUACAAAAGAGACUUAUUUAACUAGAUGACAAUGACUAUUUUUGUUUUUAUUAAAAGAAAGCUGACAUGCCUACCAAGAUUUAAUCUUUUAUGAUUGCCUUUUUAUAACUUUUUAUAUUCUCAGCACAGUGCUUUACAUAUUGAAGAUGUGGCAGAUUCAAAUUACUGAAGCAGACUGGCGGUCUUAAAGGAUGCAGGGUGAGGGGUUUCUGUUGUACACCCAGAAUGCAAACUUAAAAGCUUUUGCCUCAGUUACUGGUUUGUUUUUUUUUUUUUUGUUUGUUUGUUUGUUUUUGGUUUUUAGGGUUUUUCUUUUUUUUGAGAAUACAGUACUGAUGUUUAUUUGAAUGGAGUUGCUGAACAGUAACAUAGCUGUGAUUUUUAUUUGAAACACUGAUUUCACAUACUUUGACUUCUUGAGGGUAUAUUUUCUAUAGCAAGACAUUUAAUAUAUAAGAACGGUGAAGUACUUUAUUUUCUAAAUAAUUCCUGUCUUUAUUUAUCAUUAACAAAACAAUCCUAAAUAGCAGCCCUCGAUUGUGGAAGAAAAUUAAACUGUAUUGGGUUUAAGAAUUCAGCAUUUAUCAGAACUAUGUUUUUGUUCAGUUUUUCUAUUCACAUGGAUAAAUACUGGUUGGGGUGACUUUAUCGAAUGUGUAGUGCUACACAUAUAACUGAUGGUGCCAAAAUUAGCACAUCCUAAUGCUUGCUGCCGAUGCAAACAUAUUAAAGGUACUUUGCAGGAAAUCCUUGCACCAUGGAAUUAAUAUCCAGAUGUUGUUUGUGUACUCAUUCAUUUACUAAAAGUCUUGGGGACAGGUUUUUUUGUUUGUUUUCCCAGUAAUGAUGAGCUUAAAGUAUUUGUGGGAAAAUAGUUACCUGACAUGUCUGAAAUAAGAGCUGAUGGUAAGAUUUUUUUUUUCUGAAAGAAGAUGAAGAAGCACACAGGAAUCUAAUGAGCCAACUAGGACAAGAUUACCAGUGGCUGACUUGGGUUAGGAAGAAAAUUGUUCCCACUGGUACUCUGACACCGUAUUUCUCUCGUUUAUUCUACAAAGAACCAUCGUGAAAGUUAACCUGGUAGCAUUGUAUUGCUGACUGUAUUUGUUGCUGGUUUGGUUCUAGACUAAAACUAGGUUGGCAGAUUUGAAUUUGCCUCACAGGGUGACUAUUUUUUUAAAUGGAUCUGCAUAUGUUUUAUUUAGUUCAAGGAAAUAAAAUUUUAGUUGAGGAUUCAGCAGUAAAAUCCUUGAAAUUA